AAGCGGGAGCGACGGCCGUUCUGAGCUGGAGGCUCCCCUCCCUCCUCUUCCAGGUAUUCCUCCUUCGCUGGCUCUAGGAGGAGGAGGAGGAGGGCCUAUUUCGGUGUGACACCUUCCCUCCACUUCCGGUGCAACGCUUAAACCCUUCCCACUCUUCACCCUUUCCCCCCGCUGUUGCUGCUACUAACUGACACCGAAAGGCCCCUAGGCUUCAUAAGGGGCUGGACCUGGCUGUUGGGAGGCUCCAGGCUUCUCUGGGCCGGAGGGCAGCGGUCCCUGGGCGCUGGAGGGCGAAGGCUGGAGCACCCAGAACAGAUGAAGAGGAGAAGGAGGAGGAGGAGGAAGAGGAGGCUGUCCCUGCCCUCGAGCGAGUCCUAGACCCGGCCUUGCCAGGCAGAUGCAUCACAGGAUGAAUGAAUUAAGCUUGAGUCCUGUAGGAAUGGAACAGUUGACAGCUUCCUCUGUGAGCAAUGCCCUGAGUGUUGCAGGAAGCCACAUUGGUCUGACUUCCUCACCAACACAUAAUGCCAUAUCAGCACCAGGAUUACCAGUUGCAAUUCCAAAUCUGGGUUCCUCCUUACCCUCUGCUCUCUCUCUGAUGCUUCCAAUGGGCAUUGGAGAUCGAGGAGUGAUGUGUGGUAUACCAGAGAGAAAUUAUGCCCUACCUCCACCGCCUUAUCCUCACUUGGAGAGCAGCUAUUUCAGACACAUUCUGCCUGGUCUCAUAUCUUAUUUAGCUGACAGACCUCCACCUCAGUACAUCCACCCCAACAGUAUAAAUGUUGACAGUAAUCCAGCUUUGUCUGUCUCCAACAACCCUUCAGGCCUAGAUCCCUUCCAGACCAAUGGAACAGUGGGUCUUGAAACAGGCAUUGUCUCCAUGGAUUCCCGCUCAGUGAAUGCACACAACACCCAAAGCUUGCACCCCAGCGACAGCCAUGAGGUAGCGCUAGAUACAACCAUUGCCAUGGAAAGUGUUUCAAGGGUUACCAGUCCAAUCUCAACCGACAGGAUGGCUGAGGAACUUACAAUGGGUGAUGUGGCUGGGGAUCAUUCACAGAUUGUAAAUGGCAACCACAAUCAUGAGCCUCUAACUGUGGAUGCUGUGGGUAGCAGUUUAGCGACAGACACUGUAGGGCAUAAUGGCGUCAUCCCUCUUCAUGGUAGCAGUUUGGAGCUUCCUGUUGUUUUGGAGCCUGACCAUAUUGCAGGCCGUGUUGGUGGGAUAUCUGACAGAACUCUUGGGGACUCUAUUCAUACAGUGGCCAUGAGUAGCAAUUCUGUGAGUGUUGCACUUUCUACCUCACACAACCUCACUUCCCUGGAAUCUGUCUCAUUGCACGAAGUGGGUCUCAGUCUGGAGCCUGUAACAGUAUCCUCCAUAAGCCAAGAUGUAGCCUUGGGACAAAAUCAUGUGGAUGUCUCCCCGGACAAUCUUGCCUUUGUGCCAUCAUCCCUACAGAUGGAAGACUCCAAUUCAAACAAGGAGAAUAUGGCUACUUUGUUUACCAUAUGGUGCACACUGUGUGACAAGGCUUAUCCAUCUGACUGCCCGGAUCAUGGGCCUGUGACGUUUGUUCCAGACACUCCAAUAGAGAGCCGAGCUAGGCUCUCUGUCCCCAAACAGCUUGUUAUCCGCCAAUCUAUGAUGGGAGCCGAAGUUGGUGUGUGGGCUCGAGAAAACAUUCCUGUACGUACUUGUUUUGGACCACUCAUUGGGCAACAGAGUCACUCCAUGGAAGUAGCUGACUGGACAGACAAAGCAGCCAAUCACAUUUGGAAGUUGUAUCACAACAAUGUACUGGAGUUCUACAUUCUCACAACUGAUGAAAAUGAAUGUAAUUGGAUGAUGUUUGUGCGGAAAGCCAGGAAUCGAGAUGAACAGAAUCUGGUAGCUUACCCUCAUGAUGGAAAGAUUUACUUCUGCACCUCACGUGAUAUCCCUCCAGACCAUGAGCUUCUCUUUUACUAUAGUCGAGAUUAUGCCCGACAGAUUGGUGUUCCUGAGCAUCCUGACGUGCACACCUGCCACUGUGGAAAAGAAUGUGCUUCUUAUACUGAGUUCAAGGCUCAUCUGAGUAGUCACAUCCACAGCCAUUUCCCCAGUCAGGGGCAUAGCAGCAACCAUGGGCCAGGGCACAGUAAGGAAAGGAAGUGGAAAUGCUCCAUGUGUCCUCAAGCUUUCAUCUCACCUUCUAAACUUCAUGUUCACUUCAUGGGGCACAUGGGAAUGAAGCCACACAAGUGUGAUUUCUGUAGCAAAGCCUUUAGUGAUCCCAGUAAUCUCCGUACACAUCUCAAAAUUCAUACAGGUCAAAAGAAUUAUCGCUGUACACUUUGUGAAAAGUCCUUUACUCAGAAAGCCCACCUAGAAUCACACAUGGUUAUCCAUACUGGGGAGAAAAACCUGAAGUGUGAUUACUGUGAAAAGCUGUUCAUGCGACGGCAAGAUCUCAAGCAGCAUGUGCUUACCCAUACACACGAACGACAAAUCAAGUGUCCCCAAUGUGAGAAGCUUUUCUUGAGGACAAACCAUCUAAAGAAACACUUAAAUUCUCAUGAAGGAAAGCGGGACUAUGUCUGUGAAAAAUGCUCCAAGGCUUAUUUAACAAAAUACCACCUAACACGGCACCUAAAAAUCUGUAAAGGACCUACCUCCAGCCUCUCAACCCAGGAGGAGGAUGACGACGAUGAUUGUUCAGAGGAAGAAGAAUUGAUAAACUCUUCGAGGAGUGAAAACUGCAGACUUCAGACUAGCAUGUAUGUGACAAAUGACACACUAUCUUGCCACAAAUAAGAAAUUGUGUUUUUACGAGUAUAAAUGGACUCAACAUUCUAAAAUCAUGUUUGUCAAACUAAUGUUUUACACAAGUGAACCUCUGCUGAAUGAUGGAGUUCACACCCUUAAAGAAAAUGGCUUAUGUACUCUUCCUGAGAGAUUUCAGAACUCUAAACCAAUGGAACUACCCACAACUAUCUUUAAAAUUUCACUACUGGCGAGUUGGUUGUUAUGUCAUGUAUGACUAUCAGAAUGAAACAGGUAGAUACAAUUCUGAUCAGCCAAAUGUUUGGAACAAUAUUACAGUUAAUUACUACAUUUAAUAGUACUGUAGUAUACAAAUCAAAUUGCAUCACAGCAAGUUCAGUGCUUUUAUUAUUCCUGUUGUAAAAAUUACUUUUGGCUCAGUAGGAACAAGCUGAAAUGAGCAUUCAAUCAAUAUAUAGUAAUGGAGUAAAAAACCCCUAUUCCAGCUUACUAGUAUGGGAUCCAUGCAGAAAGGCAUGCAUGUGUUUGCAAUGCAGGCUUGGUUUUAGCAUGAGCCAAACAUUUACCACACAACAGUUACAACAGAUAGUAUUUUCUGUGCUGUAACAGGUAACCAUUACUUUUGGGAAGUUCUGUAUUCUGCUGCUAAUGUAUUUAUGGAAUCACAGUUACAUUUAAAAUUUCCUAAUGGAAAAAAAUUAAAAUGUUCCUUUUUAA